UUUCCCUGCAGAGGACCCUGGCAGCCUUCCUGUCUGCAGAGCACAAGAGAACACGCUUCUACAGAGAGAACCAGGUUUCCAACUGGUGCCAACACGUGGAACCGAAGCAUGGAAUGUGAUGCAGACAACUUGGCAAAGCCAACCUUACCUAUUAAGACCUUCCGUGGAGCUCCCCUGAAUUCUUUUGAAGAGUUCCCCCUUUCUGCCAUAGAAGGCUGGACAGGAACCACCACAACUGUAAAAAUUAAGUGCCCUGAAGAAAGUGUUUCAAAUCUCCACGUGAACAAUGCUACCAUGAGGUACCUGAGCAGCUCCUUAAGUACCAGACUGAUACCUGCCAUCUACAUCCUGGUGUUUGUAGUAGGUGUGCCAGCCAACGUGGUGACCCUGUGGAUGCUCUUCUUCAAGACCAGAUCCAUCCGUAUGAACGUCUUCUAUGCCAACCUGGCCAUUGCAGACUUUCUUCUUUGCGUUACACUGCCCUUUAGAAUAGCAUACCAUCUCAACGGGAACAACUGGGUAUUUGGAGAGGUCAUGUGCCGGGCUACCACAGUCAUCUUCUAUGGCAACAUGUACUGUUCCAUUCUGCUCCUCGCCUGCAUCAGUAUCAACCGCUACCUGGCCAUUGUCCAUCCUUUCACUUACCGGGGGCUGCCCAAGCGCACCUAUGCCUUGCUAACGUGUGGAUUGGUGUGGGCAACGGUUUUCUUAUAUAUGCUGCCAUUUUUCAUUCUGAAGCAGGAGUACUAUCUUGUCCAGCAGGACAUCACCACCUGCCAUGAUGUCCACAACACAUGCGAGUCCUCGUCUCCCUUCCAACUCUACUAUUUCAUCUCCUUGGCAUUCUUUGGAUUCUUAAUUCCAUUUCUGGUCAUUAUCUACUGCUACACAGCCAUCAUUUGGACGCUUAAUGCAAAAGAUCGUAGGUGGCUGUGGUAUGUUAAGGCGAGUCUCCUCAUUCUUGUGGUUUUUACCAUUUGCUUUGCUCCAAGCAACAUCUUACUCAUUAUUCACCAUGCAAACUACUACUACAAGAACGCCGAUGGCUUAUACUUCACCUAUCUCAUAGCUUUGUGCCUUGGUAGCCUGAAUAGUUGCCUAGAUCCAUUCCUUUAUUUUCUCAUGUCAAAAAUCACGAAUCACUCCACGGCUUACCUUACAAUGGUGAAAUCAUCUUAGAGGACAAGGAAAGCUAUGUGUGAAAACAUACACUCUUGGGAUAACAUAUGUAUCCUGCAAGGACCUCUAUUCUCUAGCUCCAUUUGUGAGCCCCUAAGAAAUGGUGUUUCAAAAUAAAACAUUACAUAAACAGUA